AUUUUUUAAAAAAAAUUAAUACACAAUAUUUGUUUGUAUAUUAAUAUUAUAAUGGCAUUAAACAAUAUUAGCAAAGUAGGACUUGUAUCCAAUCAAAAUUUUUUAGUCAAAUACCUGUCUCUGGAACAGCCUAUCGAUAAAACACUGGUAACAUAUGUAUAUCAACAUCCGGCACAUUUGGACACCAGUAAUGGCAAAUAUAAGCCGCAAAUGUGUGCCAAAACCCGAGUUCUAGAUUUUAUACCCACCGAUGCCAAUCAAUUGCCCGAUUGGAACAGUGGUUGUUUGGAUUCAUUGGAAAAAGAGAUAUAUUUAAAACCCGUCCGAUUAUAUCGGGACCCGUUUAAGGGAGGAAAUAAUAAGUUAGUAUUAUGUGAGACAUAUACAGAUGAGAUGGAACCACACGUCAUAAAUCAUAGAUACAGUUGCAAUAAAGCCAUGGAGUUGGCCCGCGAUCACAAACCAUGGUUUGGUUUUGAACAGGAAUACUUGUUAUUAGAUGCAAAUGAUAAUCAACCUUUGGGUUGGCCUAAAGGAGGAUUUCCGAAACCAAUUACCGAUAAAGAAGUUCUCUAUUAUGAUGGGGUCGGCGCUAACCGAGUUUAUGGUCGAGAUGUCUAUGAAGCUCAUAUCAGAGCCUGUAUUUAUGCUGGAGUUAUGAUUACUGGUCAAAAUCCAGAAGCAGUUCCCAGUCAAUGGGAAUAUCAGAUAGGUCCGUGUGAAGGCAUACGUAUUGGUGAUGAUGUAAUGAUGUCUAGAUAUAUAUUGUUUAGAGUGGCAGAGGAUUUAUAUAUUGGAGUCACAUUAGACCCUAAACCAGUGCCCGGUUGGUUGGGAUCGGGUGGACACAUGAACUUCAGUACAGUCGGCAUGAGAGGUAAGGGCGGUAUUCAAGAGAUUGAAGAAGCGAUGAUAAAACUAAGUAAAAGACACGAACAUCAUAUUAAAGUAUACGAUCCACACGAGGGACGGGAUAAUGAUAGACGUUUGGGUGGUUUGUAUGCAUCCAAAAGCAAUGAGUUCACAUAUGGUGUGGGCAACCGAACUGCCAGUGUUCGCAUACCGAAACUUGUGGCCCGAAAUGGAUGCGGAUUUUUUGAAGACAGACGUCCCGCAGCCAACUGUGAUCCUUAUCAAGUGUCAGAAGCAUUGGUGCGAACGUGUUGUCUAAAUGAAUGA